AUGUGGAUAAACAAAAUCGGAAAUAAAAGUGCUUCUUUUAUAAACCAUAAGCAUUUUCACCCAGGCAAUAUAAAGAACCUCGAAAGGGUAUGGCUAGCUGAAGAAAAGGAACGCAAGAGGAAAGAAGAAGAAGAAAAAUAUUUAAAGAAAAAAGAAGAGCAAUACAAGUUAUUCGUUCUAAAACAGCAACUAAAAAAGAAUGAACAGGAAGAAGAAAAUAAAAAUGACUUGAGUAAUAUUCUGUACGAUAUAAAUAAAGAAGGAAAAAGAGGAAAGACAAAGAAAAAAAUAUAUACAGCGAAUAAUGAGCAUGCUUCUGUUGAACAAAAUAGGAAUGAAGAGAGGGACACAAAAAAUAACAAAUUAAUUGUUAAGUCAAAAUACAAUGAAGACGUUUUUGUAAAAAAUCAUAAAUCUGUUUACGGAUCUUACUAUGACAUGGAAAAAAAAAAGUGGGGAUACAAAUGCUGCAAAACUAUUUAUAAAAGUGGAACGUGUACGAACUACGUAUCAAAUGAUGGUAGAAUUAAUGAUGCAUACAACAAGAAUGUUAAAAAGGAUCUAGAUAAGGAGAAUAACAAAAAGAAAAAUAAGAAGAACAAAAAAAAGAAAAAAAACAAUCAUUUUGAUAACAGUAUAUCAGCAGUUUUGGACAAGUUUUUAUGA